AAUAUUAAAAUGUUCGUGAUAUUAAAAUAUAAAAUUGAGCAGAUGUGAAUACACCUGAUUGGGAUAUUUUUAUGUUCAAAUAAAUUUGAAGAGCAAUGGAUACGACAGAAAAUCGCCAGUCAUUUGACUUGGUUGAUUCAAUUGUGUUCAUCAGUAUGUUGGGCAUUUCUGCCCUCAUAGGCAUUUAUCAGUAUUAUGCAUCCAGGAAGAAGGCAGACGCUGUAGGAGAGUACCUUGUGGGCGGCCAGAAGAUGUCUGUAUUUCCGAUAAGCAUGUCACUGAUAGCAAGUUACAUAUCGGGUAUAGCGAUGUUGGGAUUGGCGUCAGAAAUGUAUGUUUACGGUACGCAAUUAUGGUGUGCUGUGAUUGCGGAUACUUUUGUGUCUAUUACGAUGGCAGUUGUAUAUCUGCCGGUUUUCUAUGGACUUCGAAUUACAUCAUCUUACGAGUACCUAGAAUUGAGGUUCAAUCGAGUGAUUAGGCUUAUGGGAUCUGUUAUUUUUAUUAUCAAAAUGCUGCUUUAUAUACCUAUGGUGAUAUACGUACCGGCGCUAGCUUUCAAUCAGGCAACCGGAAUGGAUCUUUAUACGAUUGCGUUGCUUGUCUGCAUCGUAUGCAUUUUCUAUACGACACUAGGUGGCCUGAAAGCGGUCGUUUGGACGGAUACCAUUCAAACGGCAGUGAUGUUCGGUGCUUCCAUUACUGUUGCUGUACUUGGCACAGCGAGAGUUGGCGGUGUGGCAGAGGUGUGGAAAAGGAAUGAUGAUACUGGAAGAAUCGAAUUCUUCAAUAUGGAUCCGGAUCCUACAGUAAGGCACACUUUUUGGACCGUCGUAAUCGGCAAUUAUUUAAAUUGGUUGGCCACGUGUUCGGUGAACCAGGCAAUGGUGCAGAGAUGUCUUGCAAUGCCAAAUUUGAAGAAAUCCAACGUGGCAAUUAUGAUAAUGGCCGUAGGCAUAGCCAGCAUUGUCUCGUUAUGUUGCUAUACGGGAAUCGUCAUUUAUGCGGCCUUCUAUGAUUGUGAUCCUAUCAUGACAAAGCAAAUACGAAAAGCCGAUCAGCUGUUACCAUACUUUGUGAUGGAAUUAUCACACACAAUACCAGGUUUACCAGGAUUAUUUGUUUCCGGUGUAUUCAGCGCAGCAUUGAGUACAAUGUCGACCGGAUUGAAUUCUAUGUCAGGUGUGAUCUAUGAAGAUAUGAUUAAGCCAUGUUUCCGUAAACCAAUCUCCAAUGUCGGUGCAAGUCGCAUAAUGAAAGCUAUAGCUGUGAUAAUAGGAGCCAUUUGCCUAGGCCUCGUCUUUAUGGUAGAGAAAUUAAGCGGUCUGAUUCAAGCUGGCAAGAGCUUAUCUGGAAUAACCGCUGGGCCUUUACUUGGAAUGUUUACAUUAGGCAUGUUCUUUCCGAUGGCCAAUUCAAUAGGAGCAUUCGUCGGUACACUAAUUAGUCUGAACUUGGUUGCUUGGAUUUCAUUUGGUUCACAAGCGGCGAUUUCCAGCGGAUCAAUCUAUUUCCCGGUGAAACCAGUAUCGGUGGAGGGAUGUUCCGAUUUACUGAAGAGUACUGUCAGAAAUUUAACAACGAUCGUCGAGACUGCUGUCAGAGAACAACCUUUCUUCUUGUAUAGAAUGUCAUAUCUCUGGUAUACGUGGGUAGGUUUUUUAACUACAAUCUUGAUAGGCUUACUAGUCUCGUGGUUCACGGGACCGUCUAAGUACAGUCGCUCAGACAAAAAAUUAUUUACACCUGUUAUACACUGCUUUCUACGCUCGAAGGAUCAUCAGAAAGCGAAUGAGACUGAACUUACGAAAAUGAAGAGUGAUGUAAGCGAUACGACAACACAAACAUUUUCAAAAUAUUAGUGCUCAUUCUUUUUUCACACAAUUGCAUUUAACUAAAUAAAAUAUAUUUAUGUUCAUAUAAUUCAAAUUUAUAUUUAUAUGAAUCCAACUUAACAUUUUAUUAAAA